AUGUGGAAUUGCAGCUAUCUUCCUGACAUGAUUGAUCUGAUGAGAAACCAUUCAGAGCAUUCUGGAUGUUACCUGCAAGCAUUUGCAGCCCCUCUUUGCUGGGUGACUUUGACCACACAGGGUAAAAAGAGCAUGGACUCAAAUGACUAUGAAACACUGAUGUGGGCUCUCAAACCUAUGGCAGGGGUUAUGCCAUUUCUGAAAACAAAACUUCUUACCAGUGUAGAUAUCCCACAGCUGAAAAACAUGAUGGACAUAUUGAAGGAUAUGUAUGAUCGCAUACCUGUUGGUCAAAGGGCUCAUGUGGCAGAAUGGGCAAAAGAUCAGAUCACCAAGAACUACUUCAACUGUACAAUGAAGCCAUGUUACCCAAUGUUAAAGGGUGUGUAUAUGUGUGACCCUUCACUGAAAUGGCUGAAUUUGGAAGCACUGACUAUUAUGGGACCCUUUCUGUCCUAUUUAACACCAACUGAUGUUGAUUCUUCUCCUAAAGUAGAGCUAUGUGAGUUUUUCUCAUCAGAAAAGUUUAAAUCCACCAUGAAGGUAACCAGGAUGAACCCCACGCUGAGUAAGAAGUUCCUCCAAAGGAUCUCCAAAGAGUGCUUCGAUUCACAGGAGUUUCCCAAACAUGUGGAUAAGCUUGGCCCACUGGCUUGUUAUUAUGAUCCCCCAGAGUUGAAUCAAGACCUCAGCGAGAAACUCCUCUCUCAGCUCGACAACUGUGACAGCUCCCAAAUCAUAAAGGUAUAUUUCACUUACCUGUGCUUACCCAAACUUUCACAUUUAUCUUCUUUGGCCAAAGGCCAGAGUAACCCCUUUUUCUGUGAAUUGUUUCAUGAAUCUCAGUAG